AACUACUUGGCCGCAUUCAAAUUGCCAGCGCAAUCCACGUUUGUUUGCAGGUGGAAUGCCCCUCUAAGUCGCGUCUUCCUCUCAUCCACUCCCAUCGUUCAUAUUACCGCCCGGUAUCAGAACUGUUGCAUCUUUUAAAUUCACCCCUUACUUUUUCACAGUUCCGAGUUACACAAUCAAAUUCAACAAUCAAAUAGAGUUUUUUUUUUCUCCUCCUUUAUUUAGUUUAUUGGAGGUACUUGCUACCUAUCUUUAAAACUUCAUUAUCGUAACGGCAAUAAGUACCCGGGCGCAUAUCGUAUCGCAUCACGCUACUCCUAUUUAUCGAAGAUACAAAUACAGUUGCAGCCUCCUAAAUCUUGCCUUACUUGAAAAUUCAGUUCACUUUUCACUUUCUUCCAAAUAACAGGGGAUUAGCAUCCCGGUAUUCCCGUUAUUAUGUUAUCUAAAGGAUCCCGCAUGACGGCUUCAACGAAAGUAAAGACUAAGCGCAAGCGACUCUAUCGCAGAACAAAGUGUUGCAAAGUCUUAUCCCCAGGAAUUGGAUCACUUUACGACAUCCUCCACGACUAUGCUUCCACUGCACUUUAUGUUCCGCCGCUGUGUUGGACUGAAUUCCACACACAGGUGUUAGGUUGUCGAUUUGUGCAACAACCUCCCCAGACUACACCAGUCCCCUCAUCUCCAUCAUCUCCCUCGCGACAAUCGCAACAUCUUAAGGUACCACAAACCGUGGUGCAUAUCAGCCGUGCUCUUGACAUCAUCAUGAAGAAGAAUGUUUCUACCUACGAGCAGAACGAAGCAAUGAAGAGCGUCUUAAACGACCUAUUCCCUGGCCAAUUAUCUCCAAAUGACCUCUCAAGCCUUACUAUUCGAUGCGGGAAAGACCGAUAUAUGAGCGGAGUUCGGUGCCAAGCCCUGUACAAGGACCCGACUUGCUCAAGCUCAUUUGAGUCGACUACUACCUACUCAUCUGAUGUUUCGAUAAUGAACAAAGGGAGAGAUACCAGGGCCCCCUAUAACGCACCGAUACUGGCCUACCUGGAUCGUGACUACCUAAACCAUAUUAGGAGAAACUGUUUCCGAGUAUCUUCUGGCCCGAAUGGAUCAUUCAACGGUCCUAUACACCGUUUGCAAAAGAUCCGAUCGGAAAAGUUAAUCCCGAAGAAUCCGGACGAGGAUCAAUACAUUCUCGCCACCAUACUCGCAAUGGCUCAACAGCAUGUAUAUGGAGAUAUGUUCACAGGAGAGGGCUUUUUGCCGAAAGAUGUCGAUGUUCGCGUCCUGACAGUUUCGAAAGAUGACAAUUCGUUCGUCGUCUAUUCAAGCGUGGUACCUACAGCAUUUCUAACCAUGUUCCACGAGCCCGGAAAAUCACCACGAGGAAAUGCAAAAGUUACAAUCAACUAUCAACAUGUCCCAAUAUGGCCUGUUCUAGGUCUCAAAGAACGCCUAGGACAGGCCCUUGGCAGAGAUCUCAUUGGUGAAUUCGAUAUAGAUCGGAUAGAAACCUUCGAGGAUGAGCUAGCAUCCAAUUUAGAAGGAGACAAAAGCGACAGCUUUGAUGAAAAAUUACAAGCCGUGCUUCAGAAACUCAACAAGGAAGACGAGUCGAUGCCCAAUACAGCCCAAACACUAUCGCCUAAGCGCAAAAGAAAAAUCUUCUCGGAAGUCUUUAAUGGAAGCUUCUCCGAGAAUCACGAAUCCUCCGGUUAUCCAAGUGAGUUACUGGCGAAGCGCAGGCGUUUAGAGGAAGGUAGGGUUGGCAUCGUCCGAUAACGCAAUACCGUCCCAGGUUUUUAAUGAAAUCAUGGGGAUAUAUGAAUGGGUUACUAAGAUAUGGAUAGGGAUGAACAAUGGGCCGGUAGUACCGCCGCCGGGUAUAUCAUGGUUUUUAGAAGGUUCCCCGGUGUCCAAUGAUCAGAUACCAGAGCAGUAGGAACCUUCUUGGAGUAUUUCGGGGUGUAUCGUGGUUUAGGGGAUGCGAGAGAAGGAUAUAUCCAACAGCUCCGUACAGUGGGCAGACAAGCUGUCAGGGUUUUAUUAGCCACAGCUAGCCUCGUAGCUUAUACAAGGCGGUUGUUAUUAUGCGACAAUGAUUACGACGAUACGAGACACUCAGACGUACCGGCUUUGCCUCCGAUCUAAGAGGGAUGAUACGCAACAACAUUUGCUUAGCAUAUUGGCGCACUACAUUUUGUCGAAGCAGACAAAUUGCCUCUACAUAUUGUGUUAUUAGGGUUGCCUACAUAGAAUCAUAGCUUCGAAGAAAUCUUACGAUUUUACCAGCCUCGCGGUUGGGACCUCCACAAA